AAACUUAUUAAAUAGUUAGCUUAGUCUGAUGCGUGCAUUGAAAGAUUACCAGCUGUUGGGCGUCAACUGGUUGUUGACUAAAUUCAAACUCGGCAGUGGAGCAAUUCUGGCAGAUGAAAUGGGACUGGGUAAGACAUUUCAAGUGAUUUCGGUUGUCGACUCGAUCAUGAGAUGCACAAAACGGAAUCUCAAAUGUCUCAUUUUAUGCCCACUGUCUGUGUUGGAAACGUGGAAAGAAGAAAUUGAUUAUUCCGAUGCCGUGAAAGGCAGUGCCGUUUUCGUGCAUGGAUCUAAAGAGGAAAGAGCUAACUGCUACAAAAGUAGUCUGCAUAGCAUCGGCCCCGUGACUAUUGUAACGAAUUACGAGACUCUAAUUCAUGAUCGCGAAACGUUUUUUGGGAAAACUUUUGAUCUUCUUGUGGUCGACGAGGCUCAUCGUUUGAAAAACUCAGAUGCAGUACUUUACAAGAUUUUGUUUGAUGAAGUUCAGUUUGAAGUGACUAUAUUAUUAACUGGAACUCCAAUUCAAAAUAAUCUAACGGAGCUCUACAGUUUGUUGUCCCUGAUUGAUGCGAAGCAGUUUCCGGCAAAUAAUGUUGACAGUUUUGUAAACGAACAUGAGGUCAGAAAUGGAUGCUCAAACGAGAAGCUUCUUAGCGUAUUAAAACAGUACGUUUUGCGAAGAACAAAAAGCGAUGUUUUGUUGAAGCUUCCACCGAAAACCCAAGUUCUUAUGUACCACGGCUUGACUUCCAUACAAAAAAAGUUGUAUAAAUCUAUACUUCUGAAAGACUCUGAAGCUCUUUUCUCUUUGUCAAAUGAAAAUGCAAACACUUCGAAGCGUUCCUUGACUAACAUUCUAAUGCAGUUAAGAAAGUGUUGCCUCCAUCCUUAUUUGUUCCAUGGUGUUGAGCCAGAACCGUUUGUAAUCGGUGAUCAUUUGAUACUAGCUAGUCAAAAACUAGUUUUGCUGGACCUUCUAUUGGGUUAUCUACUGCCUUUGAAGCACAAGGUUUUGAUUUUCUCUCAGUUUAUUACGAUGUUGGACAUUUUACAAGACUAUCUGGAAUACAAGUGUCUGUUAUAUGAGCGCCUUGAUGGAUCAUCACGAAGCGAGGAGAGGUUUUUGUCUAUUAAAAAUUUCAAUAAAAACGAGACAACUUCAGUUUUCUUGAUAAGCACGAAAGCCGGCGGACAAGGGAUAACUUUGACCAGCGCCGAUAAAGUUAUAUUUUACGACAAUGAUUUCAAUCCCCAAAAUGAUAUCCAGGCUGCAGCAAGAGCUCACAGAAUAGGGCAGACGAAACCAGUCAAAAUCAUCAAACUUGUUUGCAAAAACUCGGUCGAAGAAAUCAUAAUAGCCAGAGCUCAGAAAAAAUUUCAGCUGUCAUCAGAAGUGCUGAACACAGGAGAUUUACAAGGCAGCGAUUUGAAUAUUGAGAGCGCUCAAACUCCUUCUGAAAUUUCAGAAGUGGUUAAAUUUGGUCUUGAUGUAAUAUUGAGUGAUGUUGAAUCAACAGAUAAUCUGAAUGUCGACUUUGAGCAGAUAUUGGGCUCAACGGAUUCGACAGGUUGUUGGAAGGAAUUAGAAACAGCUGAGAAUGAACUCAAUACAGACGCAAUAAAGGUAUCGGAAGAUACGGCGCCAGAAACAAUGUACGAUUUUGAAGGUGAAAACUUUAAAAGUAAAAUGAAGCAAUCGGAUGAUGUUUUGGGUAGUUUAAUGGCUUCAGUAGUUGUCGAAGUUCCGAAUUUAAAUCUCAAAGCGAUAGGAAGACCGAAAAGAACUUUGACCGCUGAAGAACGAAAAGAAAGAGAACUAGAAAUGCGUCAAAACGAAGCCAAACGAGCUAGAAUUUUAGAAGAGCAAAAGACUGAGAGGGCAGAAAAACGAAAGCAAAAGCUAGAGGCUCUUUGGAUAGAAUCCGGUUACAGUUCAUUGAAACUAGAUAACGAGGUUUUAAGUUCCGAUGAAAGAGAACGUAGCUGGGAGGAUGAAAAUUCUGGGGCAAUUCGUUUUGUUUCGGGAGAUGUUACAAAUCCUGAUUUUGAUCGCACCACAGGAGAGUUUGCUGUCAUAAUCCACUGUGUGGACAAUUCCGGAGGCUGGGGCGAAGGCGGAUUGUUCUCUGCUUUGAAUAAACUUUCGCCCGAAAUAGGGCAAAAAUAUGAAACUGCAUAUGAGAUGAAAGAUUUGACGUUUGGCGAUACUCAUUUGAUUAUGCUGAAUGAGCUUUCGGUUUAUAUAGCUCUAAUAGUAGCGCAGAAACGGAGCUCGAAAGGCAUUCUUUCCGACAUUGAUAAUUCAGUACUCGAUAAGUCAUUCUCUCAGAUAGCGAGUUUCGCUAAAAACAAAGCUAAAAAUGGUUCUAAACCAAGUAUUCAUUCACCCAGAUUAGGUCAUCUGAUGAAAAAUUUCAAUUGGUAUUGCGCUGAAAGACUGAUGCGUAAACAUUUCGCGGGAAAUGGUCUGCAAAUAUACGUAUACUACUUCUCGAAAAAUCACCAAUCAAACAAAAAGAAAAAAGAAUCGACUUUGAAUGGAAAUAGUCGUGAAUUAACGCAAUUGUACGAGGAAAUAAAUUGCGAGACUACUGGUACUACUGAAAAUUUGGAUCUUGACGGUGGAAGUUUGCAAGUUGACCAUAUUUUUGAUGUUAACAAAAAAGCCAGUGCCUUGCCAAAUGUUUUUUCUGGUUUGACAUUUGAACUGUCAAAGUUUCUAACCGAAGAUCUCAAAAGAGAAUUAACUCGAUAUAUUAUUGCUUACAACGGAGACAUAGUUGAUAGUGAAUUGGCUCAAAAUGGUGAUAUUUACGUGAGUGAGAAAAAUGAAAUGUUCGAUUCAGAUAGACCCAGUGUAAUUUCAUCCACUGAUCUCGUUAAGUGCAUAAAAACUAAAUCAAAGCCUAAGUUUUAGAGUUGAAAUGUCUAUCGUAUUUAAUCGAUUUUAGAUAGCAAAGUGUAUUUUCAUACUAUUGUUCUCUCAAACUAAUGCCUUCAUAAUGUAUAUUUUUGGUCAAUAAUAGAUUAACAAAUGAAUAUUU